CAUCUCAGUAUUUUGGCGAUUAAUAUUUACAGCUUUUUAAACGCGUUUACAACCGAAAUUGAGUAAUGAAUAGCUCAGUAGGAAGUGAAGCAUACAGAUCUGCAAAAUAAAUUGUUCAAAUAGAUCCAAUUUUAACUGCGGCGCGUCGACGACGUAGAGAUCAUGCCACCCAAGCAAAAGUUCAUCAUUCUUGGCGCCAGCAUCAACGGGCUAUCCUGCGCAUACCGGCUACACCAACGCUACCCCGACGCGCAUUUGGAGAUCAUCAGCGAUCGGUUCAGUCCGGACACCACCUCGGACGUGGCCGCUGGCCUAUGGGAACCAUUUCUGCUCGGGGACACCCCGACCGAGUUGGUGAGAAAAUGGUCCCGCGAAAGUUACCACUACUUUCACGACCUGUGGCGGUCGGGACGGGCCGACGAGUGCGGCAUAUCGCUGGUGCCGUACGUAGCCGUCACGGCCAAGGUCGACGGGCUGGAGGAGCCAAUCUGGAAAGAUUUUGCCUUCGGGUACGGCGAGCUGUCCGCGCAAAGAUUAGACGAGCUGGGUCGCGAGCAUGGCGUCAAAUACGUCUCAGGCAACGAAUUCGUGACGUUCACCUGCGAACCAACACGGCUGCUGCAAUUUUACACCUCGGCGUUGCAGCGCUCCACCGGCGUUACAUUCCGUCGGCAGAAGAUAACCACGCUGGGGGAGAUUCUACCAGCGGCCGAUACCGUGCCCAACGCGAUCGUGAUCAACUGCUUGGGGCUGGGAUCGAGCCAGGUGUUGGGCGAUGAUGGCGGUUCGUUGGCGGCGACACGUGGCCAAAUAAGGCGCGUCGAGGCUCCCUGGAUGUUCCAGGUGCUGAUCAGCGACGCGGGCUAUGUUAUUCCCAACACCGGAGCGGUCACGCUGGGCGGAACCAAGCAAAAGGGUGACUGUGAUCUGUUGGUCAGGGAGGGGGACUCUGAGGGGAUAAGUCGCGGCUGUUGCGCGUUGGUUCCUGGACUGGGGAGGGCUCCCGUGGUGGGUGAUUUGGUCGGGUUGCGUCCGACGCGGAGUUCCGUGCGGCUGGAGCUCGAGUGGAUCGACGGAGUUGUUCCGGUAGUUCACAACUAUGGCCACGGCGGUGGGGGCAUCACGCUCGCUUGGGGUUGCGCUGGCCAUGUUCUAAGCUUGGUGCAGCCGCUUAUCAACGGGCCGGGAAGUAAGCUUUAGAAUGACUUCCUUGCAUCAACAAUGACUCCAAGGAUAGAAAGCUAUAAAGUGUAACAUUUUUUCCAUUGCAAUUCCAGCGAGGAAAUGUAAAUACAAAUAUUUGCAAAGAUUCA